GCGCUUGCGCAGUGUAGUGGCUCUGGUGAGGGCAGGGGAGGGGGAGUGACGAUCGCCGUGACCACCCCUCCCUCCCCGGUCGCUGCUGUCGGGUCUCGGAGCCGCUUCCCCGGAGCCCGGAGUGUGAGGAGGCGAGAGUGGAGGCGGCGCUGCCCGAUUUGUUUGUAAAUGCAUCAAAAAGAGGCAGCCCAGAAUGAAGAAAGCAAGCAGGUCUGUUGGCUCAGCGCCCAAAGUGCCCGGGAUAAAUAAAACUCAAACAAUAGAAAAAAUCAAACCAGAAAACGGCUCCUCGGUGUCUGCAGUAACAAAACUCUCAAAAACUGGAACAUCAACAUCCUUGUUGAAGACAAAAAGUAAUGAUGACCUUUUAGCAGGAAUGGCUGGUGGCGGGGUGACUAUGACCAAUGGUGUGAAGGCAAAGAAGAGCACCUGCACAUCCACAGCAUCUUCAGCUUCAGGGACCACCAUGAACAACCUGGAGAAUAAACCCAAGACUAUUACAGGUACGAGUUCCACAGCCAAGCGUAGCACUUCAUCUGGAAAUAAAGAAUCUAGCUCUUCUAGGGAAAGAAUACGCGAUCGUUCCCGUUUAAACCAAAGCAAAAAACUCCCUUUGACAGGACAGGGGCCUAAUGAUACCAUUCUGGCAAAACGCUCCCGUAGUCGUACUAAUCCAGAGUCUGAUGUUCGGAUGAGUAAAUCCAAAUCGGACAAUCAAAUCAAUGACAAAGCUGCUUUGGAAGCUAAAGUGAAAGAUCUUCUGACUUUAGCAAAAACUAAAGAUGUGGAGAUUUUACACUUGAGGAAUGAACUCAGAGAUAUGCGUGCUCAGCUGGGCCUUAAUGAAGAUCAGCAUGAGAGUGGUGAGAAGUCUGAGGAAAAAGAGACCAUUGUUGUUCACCAGCCAACUGAUGUAGAGUCUACAUUAUUAGUGUUACAAGAGCAAAACACUGCCAUCCGAGAAGAGCUCAACCAAUUGAAGAAUGAGAAUCGAAUGCUGAAGGACAGAUUAAAUGCAUUGGGCUUUUCUUUGGAACAAAGGCUAGACAACUCUGAGAAACUCUUUGGCUAUCAAUCUUUGAGCCCAGAGAUCACAACUGGUAACCACAGUGAUGGUGGUGGCACUCUUACAUCUUCAGUGGAAGGUUCUGCUCCUGGUUCAAUGGAAGAUUUGUUGAGUCAGGAUGAAAACACUUUAAUGGACAAUCAGCAUAGUAACUCCAUGGAUAAUUUAGACAGUGAGUGCAGUGAAGUUUAUCAGCCACUUACAUCAAGUGAUGAUGCCUUAGAUGCUCCAUCGUCUUCAGAGUCUGAAGGAGUACCAAGCAUAGAAAGAUCUAGGAAAGGAAGCAGUGGCAAUGCAAGUGAAGUUUCUGUCGCUUGUCUGACAGAACGGAUACACCAGAUGGAGGAGAAUCAGCAUAGUACAGCUGAGGAGCUUCAGGCAACACUUCAGGAACUCGCAGAUUUACAACAAAUAACUCAAGAGCUGAACAGUGAGAAUGAAAGACUUGGAGAAGAAAAAGUAAUUCUUAUGGAAUCCUUGUGCCAGCAGAGUGACAAGUUAGAACACUUCAGCCGACAGAUUGAAUAUUUUCGCUCCCUUUUAGAUGAACAUCACAUCUCAUAUGUUAUUGAUGAAGAUAUGAAAAGUGGGAGGUAUAUGGAGUUAGAGCAACGGUAUAUGGAUCUUGCUGAGAAUGCUCGUUUUGAACGAGAGCAACUGCUGGGUGUCCAGCAGCAUCUGAGCAACACUUUGAAGAUGGCAGAGCAAGAUAACAAGGAGGCCCAGGAAAUUAUAGGGGCACUGAAAGAACGGAACCACCACAUGGAACGAAUUAUUGAGUCCGAGCAGAAAAGUAAGGCAGUAUUAGCAGCCACCUUAGAGGAGUACAAAGCCACAGUAGCCAGUGACCAGAUUGAGAUGAACAGGCUAAAGGCUCAGCUGGAGCAUGAAAAGCAAAAAGUGGCUGAACUGUACUCUAUACACAACUCUGGAGAUAAAUCAGAUAUACAAGAUUUGCUGGAGAGUGUCAGGCUGGACAAGGAAAAAGCAGAGACUUUGGCCAGCAGUCUGCAGGAAGAGCUGGCUCUCACUCGCAAUGAUGCCAAUCGACUGCAGGAUGCCAUUGCUAAGGUUGAAGAUGAAUACAGAGUCUUCCAAGAAGAAGCCAAGAAGCAAAUUGAGGAUCUUAAUAUGACUCUAGAAAAGCUUCGGGCAGAGCUAGAAGAAAAAGAGACUGAAAGAAGUGACAUGAAAGAAACAAUCUUCGAGUUGGAAGAUGAAGUAGAGCAGCAUCGAGCUGUGAAACUUCAUGACAACCUCAUCAUAUCUGACUUAGAGAAUACUGUUAAAAAACUUCAGGACCAAAAGCAUGACAUGGAAAGAGAAAUUAAGACUCUUCACAGGAGGCUACGGGAGGAGUCCGCAGAAUGGCGUCAGUUCCAAGCUGAUCUACAGACUGCCGUGGUCAUAGCAAAUGAUAUCAAAUCUGAGGCCCAGGAGGAGAUAGGGGACCUAAAACGUAGACUGCAUGAGUCUCAGGAGAAAAAUGAAAAGCUCACUAAAGAGCUGGAAGAAAUAAAGUCACGCAAGCAGGAAGAGGAACGUGGCCGGGUAUACAAUUACAUGAAUGCUGUAGAGAGGGAUUUGGCAGCUCUGAGACAAGGAAUGGGGUUAAGUCGCAGGUCAUCCACUUCCUCGGAGCCAACUCCUACCGUAAAAACACUAAUCAAAUCCUUCGACAGUGCCUCACAAGUUCCAAGCCCUGCCACAGCCACAAUUCCUCGCACUCCUCUGAGUCCAAGCCCCAUGAAAACACCCCCAGCAGCUGCAGUGUCUCCUAUGCAGAGGCAUUCUAUAAGUGGACCAUUAUCAGCCUCCAAACCCCUUACACCUUUGUCAGACAAAAGACCAAGCUAUGCAGAAAUCCCUGUUCAAGAACAUUUGUUGAGAACUUCCUCUACCAGCAGACCAGCGUCAUUGCCAAGAGUACCUGCCAUGGAAAGUGCCAAAUCUAUUUCAGUGUCUAGACGAAGUAGUGAAGAAAUCAAACGGGACAUUAGUGCACCUGACGGAGCAUCUUCAGCCUCUCUCAUGGCAAUGGGAACCACCUCACCACAACUCUCUCUCUCCUCCUCUCCUACAGCGUCUGUCACCCCUACAACACGAAAUCGCAUAAGGGAAGAAAGGAAAGACCCUUUAUCUGCUCUUGCAAGGGAAUAUGGAGGUUCCAAAAGAAAUGCCUUGCUGAAGUGGUGUCAGAAGAAAACCGAAGGAUAUCAGAAUAUUGACAUUACAAACUUCAGCAGCAGUUGGAACGAUGGGUUGGCCUUCUGUGCAGUCCUCCAUACUUACCUCCCAGCUCACAUUCCAUACCAAGAACUGAACAGCCAGGACAAGAGAAGAAACUUCACUCUGGCCUUUCAGGCAGCUGAAAGUGUUGGCAUAAAAUCUACUCUGGACAUCAAUGAAAUGGUGCGAACUGAGCGUCCAGACUGGCAGAAUGUCAUGCUGUAUGUUACUGCAAUUUACAAAUACUUUGAAACCUGAAACCUUGUUAAUCCAAAAGAUUUGCAGACUGCAAUCAUCACUAGCUGCCAGACAGAAACGCUAAUCCCAGAUUCAUUGAAAUCUGGCAAUAUGCAUGUUCCUCAACCUUCAGUCAUGGAUUGUCUCAAAUUGCUUCAGCCAACAAACCUUGGAACACAGGUUAGAAGCAAGAACUUUUUACCAGUGUGCUAGGCAUAUCCCAUGGUAUUGAGUUAUCCAAAUUUAUUACAUAGCCUAAUAAGACUGGCCUUCUAGGAACUGCCGUUACAUCCAGACUUCCUGAAGUUUUCAUAUUUCCUUGAGAGACUGAGGUGUAUAAUGCUGUAGCAUAUACAAAAUUGAAUGUACAGCUAAAACUAUGAGAAGGAAAAGGAUGAAACAGCACCAGAAUGAAUUUUCUCUACUAUCAGAAACCACAGAGUCUGGGUGAAUAUUCUACCCAUAUAUACACUACACCCCAAUACAGUAAAAAUCUUAAUAGUUACUGAAGUUACUGCCUUAAUUAUUUUUCCUCCUCUCUAAUGUGCACAAUAUUCAAGGGAAAGGAGCUUUUAUUCUGUCAGGCUUACUUGACUGAAGAGUGCUCUCAACACCUGGACAAACCUGGCGCAGAAGAACUCGUCAGUGUAAAGCUCUGUUUAAGCCUACCUCUGUCACACAGUAACGUGGCUUCCAACUUUAUCUAAAGGAUUAUAAGGACUAGCACAUACAGUUCCUGGCUUGAAGAGUAUACUGUACUUACAUGGAGUUAUAUUUCAUAUAAUUUUCUGUGCUUCCAUUAUAACUAAUGAGAUUAAUCAAGAAUUAAUCCUUGUAGAACUUGUCUCUAUCCUUUUCUUCCUUUGCCUGCAUAGCACACGUAGAAAUGCCGACCUUUCCUUUACAGCAAUACAAGCAUACAGUAUCUCUGAUUACAAUGGUGAAAUUAUGCCAGUGGGAUAUCUCCUCUACAGAGAAGAUAAUUGUCAGUAAUGGGAUGUCCAGUUUUGCAGUGUUCCAUGUACACUUUUCUUUGGAUCUCGCAGAUACUGAUCUGACUGAAAGAAAGUAAAACACACUAUGAAGAGAACUGCAGUGGGAUUUAUUUUUAUGUAAUCCUGUUCCAAUCUGGAAUAUUGUAUCACAAAGACUAAUGCUCCUGAGGAAAGAAUGAAAAGCUUUGGUCUGCUCAGAUUGUAUUCUCCUAAAAUGCACCUCAGUUCAUGUGGCAAAACUCUCUGGGCAAAAGAGUUCAAGCAAGUGCCUUAAAUAGCCUUGAGUUGGUAGACCCUGGAGCUCCAGGGCACUCUGCAAAACAUUAGGAACUCAGAAGGAUUUCUAGUGGCAAACAGACAUGUAUUGUUAAAAUGGUUUUUGUAAUUGUGUACUUGUCAAACCAAGGGAAGGCCUUCAUCCUACCAUUGUGUUCCUGCCUCUUACUUCCCUACAUAGUUAGCAACAGUUAAGCCACAGGAAAGAGCCUCUCUUUAAUGUUGAGCUGAAGCUUUCCUUUAAUGACCACCUUUAUAAAUACACUUAACCUACCAACAGCCCUGUUCGAAACAAUGAUUCUGUUAUUCCUAUUGUGUGGUUAUAACUCUUAUGGACAGUUUGAAUGACUAGAUGUUAACAGCUCAGUGAAUGCAACUGUGCUUGGCAACUAUUAGUGCUAUCAGGAAUGAAAAAAACACUGUUUCAGAUCACAACUAUAUAGCCAGUCAGAAUAGCUAGCAUCCUGAAGAAUGUAACCAAUCUGAAGAGGGGGGCAUUUCAAGCAUGCCUCUGGCAUUUAAACAAACCUUACACCUCUUAACUCCUAUAUUAUAAAGCUCAGCUAACUCUUAAAUUCUGAUCAGUGUCUGUAGUGGAAGGAAUAAAACAAAUGUCUUGAGUGAUGGAGGCAGAAGGAAGCAUUUAUUAAAUGUCUGGUAAAUAACCAUUUAGUCCAUAGAGAGGAUGCUUGGAGAAGUUUCCAGAGAAGUUGUUUCUGGUGACUACUUCCUUUCUGAUUGGGAGACUAAUGUUAGGCAAGUAGCUAAAAAUUCUCAGGCUGUGAGUAAACAGGCUUGAAGAUCCUCAGCAACCAAGAGAAAACGGUUGCAGAAGAGACUUCAAAUAAAAAAAUCUUCAUAAGAUUUGAAUAGAAAGAAGUGGGAAAUGUACACCAUCACUUUCACAAACUGCUGAAAUCCCAUUUCUGCACAUUUAUGCUACGGGAGGCUAUUCUCUUUUCCUUAUGAAUUUAAGUUAUCUAUUUACAGAUGCAUCAUUUUAUUUAUUACAUUAAGAUUGAAAAAAAUUCUAAUUAAAAAGAGAGCACUCCUCAUUCUCAA